AUGGACAUUACCGUUCGUGUGGAGGUGCAAUACGUAGCGCCUGAACAUGCGCUUAUCCGUGACGUACUGCAAAUGUUCCGCACACCCGCCUGGGUGCGCUUCAUGGUGCGCUACAUCUCACCCCACCUCAAGAACGCUGCACCUGCUGACAAGUCAGUCAUGGAAAGCCUGUCCUCGUGGACCGUCAAUAACAGCAGCAAGAGCGGUAAGCGGCCGAUCUCAUGCGUCUCCUCUAGCUCUUCGACAAUAGCGGACGACUGUGUCAUCUGCCUAAGUGAGCUGCAAAGUGACGUCGAAGAGUUUGUCGCGUUGCCCUGCGGCCAUCAGUUCCAUUUACCGUGCAUCCGUUCGUGGCUCAAGCUGCGUAGUACGUGUCCAAGCUGUCGCUUCCAGUUCCGCAAGGCCUUCUCUGGUAGCUACGCCGUCCGGACGCUCAACUCGGCGCUACUGCUUAAGCAGGAACACCGGCCUUUGCCCAAGGAGCAGAUCCUUAACACAUGCGUAGGCCGUGAGACGAUUCGUGCCAUUGUCAAUGUCACGUUGAGUCAGAUUGCUGCACACGCCAAGCAGAGUCAAUACCCCUGCGUGCUCAAUGCACUCAUGAUGCACUCAAACGGCGAUAGCUUCACGGAGUCAGUGGCGUCUGCGAGUGCGACACUGGCUAAGAGUGGUAGCGACAAAGAGACUGGCGAUGGCGGUAGCGAACCCCGCGCCAAGCGACUACGCGUGGAUUAA